AUGCGAAUACGUUUUGGUAUCAAUGAAAACAACGAAAUAUUAGCUAUUGUUUAUGCUUGUAACUUGAUGUGUCUCACCAUUGUACAAACCAGAAACCUACAUAUUCUAGAGACAUCUCAAGAAACAGUAUUCAAGCUGCGUAUGCCCAAUGUGACAUCAAUUUACAGAAACUUAUAUUGCGUUAUACCGUACAGUGAGUGUCAUUGCUCAAGUGUAUCAGCAGAAUACUGUCUUACUGAUAAACACAUUAAAAGAAAUCGCAGUCUACCGUUAAUUGCAAUCGUAUUACAAGUUUUCCUAUUUCGAAAACUUAUUUUAUCGAUUGAAGAUCCAAUAUAUUCUCUUGUUUAUAUUUCGUGGGCCGUUGCUCUAUCGAUCUUUAUUGGUAUUUUUGUUUUAACUUCUAGAAAUAGUUGUUAUCUACCCAGCAUAGCUGGAAGUUUUAGUAUUAUUACUUAUUUACUUUUUGCCUUUGUUUGCUAUGGAGUUCAUUGUGCUUCUCCACCUGACCCAUUACUUCGACAACAUCGCUACCUUAUUUAA